AUGAUGACACGUAAAUCGUGAAAUCGCGUAUGAGCGAAUUCUCGCGUGGACGACUGAAGUGCAACCGAGAGGUAGCCCUGGAUGCUUUUUACAAGCAAAUGAAGUACCUGCCUACCAAGAUUGGAUGGGUGGCAUCAGGCUGCUCACUUGCAACACAGGCAAUUGCCGAACUGACACAUUUUUACAACAUCACUCAGUUAUCGUGUAUUAGUUCAUCACCGGCACUACGAAAUCGUAUGAGAUACAGGUAUUACUUUCAGCUGUUGGCAUCAAAUGUGCUAGUAGUUCAUGGAUUCUUUGGAAUGAUAAAAUAUUUUGGAUGGAAGAGAGUCCGCCUAAUAGCUCAAGAUGAAGAAAUAUAUGCAAGUACAAUGGAUGCCUUAAAGGAGAUGUUGGAGGACUAUACUAAUGUUGAAUAUUCUGAAGUACGUUUCGGAAGCAAUCAAGGCUUCAGCAGCAUAACUGCUUUU